CGGGGUUUGCAGGGAGAGCGGUUAGGCACUUUGAAUCCAGCAUCGGCGGCAGCGGCCGCUCAGUUGCGCUGCGUUGCGCUACGGGACUGUCAUGUCCUUCCCCAGGGCGCCGCUGCGGCGCUUCAACGACACCGCCGGGUCCCAUGAAAUCGAUUCCUCAGAUGCUGUAAGAGGCCCUAUGCUCUCUGACAAAUCCCACUUCAGAAAACAGAAAGGGACAAUGGAAAAUCAGCAGAAUCUGAACAGUGAAAAUAUGUCUUCUCCCACUCCUAGAAGAAAGUUCCUUUCUCUUGCAACAGUGCCAGUUAGUGGAGUCCUGAGAUCUGCAAAGAAGGCUGCCCUUAUGAAAGAGCAGAGACAGCAGAAGAUGCUAGAGAGAGAGAUUCGUGGAUUAGUGAAAGAACGUGGAGAGCAGGAUAAAAAGCUUCUAGCUCUAGAGGAGGAUCUCACAAAGAUUGAAGCAAAAUUGACUGUUGCAGUCCGUGAGAAAACAUCUCUCUUGGCUAAUGUUGCUUCGCUUGAAAAGCAACUUCUUGAGCUAACAAGAACCAAUGAACUACUAAAAUCAAAAUUCUCAGAAGAUGGUACACAAAAGAAAAUGAGCAGCCUUUGCAUGGAGUUGAUGAAACUCAGGACCAAAAUGGAUGCAAAGAAUAAGAAUGUACUUGCAAAGCAGGAAGACAUGGAAAUGAAGCUACAGGCAGCCCAGAAGAAUCUAGAGCAGUCUAAAGGAAAAGUAGCACAGUUGAAAGAAAAGCUGUCUGCCUCUGAGAAAGAGAAGAUAGAAGAAGAGUCUGAUACUGAGAAACUCUUGGAAUAUAUUAAAGAACUCAGCAUUAUUGCAGAAGAGGCAGAGAAGUACAAACUAGACGUUGUCCAUAUGGAGAAGAUGCUACUGCAGAAGGACCAGGAAACUGUAAUCCUAAAGGAGGAGUUGUCUAAACUCAGUAAAGAAGUAGGUGCAAGAUGCCAGCUGCUUGAACAAGAAAAAGAGGAACUCUUCACUGAGAACCAAGAGAGAGAGCAAAGUAUGAAUGCUGAAAUAGAAAGCUUGAAAGAGAAACUGAAUCUAGCGGAGCAAGAACACCAAAAGCUGCAACAGAAACAGGAGGACACUUGUUCUCUGCUGCAACAAGAGAAGGAGUGUUCUGCUUCUAUGCACCAGAAGCUGCUCAAGUUUCAAGAGGAGGCAACAAAUGAGCGACGACUCCUAGAAAAAGAAUUAGAAGAAGCAGUGAAUGAGCUGGAUAAACUGCAUGCUAAGGAUGAAAAGGCUGAAAAGAUGGUGAAACACCUGGAACAAGAGAGCAAAUCCAGAGCUGAAGAGCUAGCACAGAUAAAAGCAAAACUCAAAGGGAAGAAUGUUGAGCUUCAGAGAAUCAGUGACCUGCAUAACAGUGCCAUGAGCCAGUUGCAAGAAGAGCACAGCAACACACUUCGUAAACUUGGGGAGAACAUUGCUGAAUUUGAAAGUUACAAGUUAUCUAUGGCUGAAGAAAUAUCUAGUCUCCGGCUGGAGAAUAUAUCUCUGCAGGAGAAAGUAGCUGAACUGAAGACAGUAAGUCAAGAUACCCAACAGCAACUGCAGGAGGUAGAACAUGCUAAAGAUAAAGCCAAGGAAGAAUAUGCAAGAAUGCUUCUGGAUGCUCAGACAAAGUUGGCCUUAAAAGAAACAGAAAUAAAAAAAGCUAAUGAUUUGUACAAUGCACAGAUGAUUAACCUUCAGGAGAAAAUGGAAGAACAAACUGAAGAGUUAAAGAAACAGCUUGAAGCGGAGAGAUCAAGGAAAACUACAGAUGAAAAUGUGGCAGCUGGCUUGAAAGAAGAGAUACAAACCUGGCGUACUCUCUAUGAAGACUUGCAUAACAAAACCAAACCUUUUCAGCAACAGCUAGAUGCAUUUGAGGCAGAGAAGAAUGCCCUCCUGAAUGAACAUGGUGCAGCCCAAGAAGAACUAAACAAACUAAGUGAUUCAUAUGCUAAACUACUGGGCCAUCAGAAUCAAAAGCAAAAAAUCAAGCAUGUUAUGAAAUUAAAAAAUGAAAAUAUCCAACUUAAACAGGAGGUUUCAAACUUGCGUACACAAGUAGCUAAGGAAAAACAAGCUCACAAAGAUCUUCAAGACCACCUACAUGCAAUACAGGGCAUCAAGCGUUUUGAUCCUUCUAAAGCUUUCCAGCAUGAUAGCAAGGAAAAUAUUGCUCCCAAAACUCCUUUUAAGGAAGGUGAGUGUAAUAGAAGUUAAAUAUGUAUACUUGCCAGGAAACUUAGAUGUUACAGUGAAGAUUCAAGCAAUCACGCUAUAAAGUGGUGAAAAAUGGAAUUUGUACGUUGGGUCAAAUAUGAACACUUACAAAACAGCUUAACAAAGACUUUAUUUUAAAAUAAAAAUCAAGUGCUGGAUUUUAAACUAACCAUGUAUACUAGGUUAUACCCUGGCACAUCUAAGGCUGUGGAUAAUUAUGUACUUCAAAGAGUCCCUGGUCAGCUACCUCUUCACUGUGUGGAACAGGGUGGUGUCAAGUCAGCCUAAACUGUUUAAGUACUUUGUUUUGUUGUUCUGCUUAACAGUGUAAGGUGGAAUUUAUGGCCCUGCAGAAGAACAGGUGGUUUAAAAAGGUGACAGCUGUAGUACAUGAAAUAAACAUAGCCUGUUUUGAUCCAAAAUUGGCUUGGUCUUGGUGUGUCAGCUACUUAACUAUCCAGGUAUUCUGUGUGUCUUGUUUCACAUGUGACUCCUAAAACAAAGAACAGAUGCAAAAUCAAGUUGCACACUUGAUGACUGGACAGUUUCUAGUGUGGUCCACAUCAACAAAAAAAGACCACCUAACUAGCAUUUUUAGGACAAGAUGUUUCAGGCAUUGAUUUUUUUAAAGAGGUCUUUCUGGUCAACUUCAGUACAAACAGGUGAGGGUGGGGAAAUCUUAUUUGGCUUGUCUAUUUUCCCACCUCUCAGAGUACAUGGUUUCUUUCUCA